AAAAAAGGACACCUGUCUUCAAUAAAAUCACAACAUUUUCCGUAAAAAAUCAAACUUUUUUCGUCAGUGCUUCACAAUGGACGGUGCUGGAGAAUCACGAGUCGGUGGUGGUGGUGGUGAUGGUUCUGUUGGAGUUCAGAUCCGACAAUCACGGAGGCUACCGGAUUUUCUCCAGAGCGUGAAUCUCAAGUAUGUGAAAUUAGGUUACCAUUACUUAAUCUCAAAUCUCUUGACUCUCUGUUUAUUCCCUCUCGCCGUUGUUAUCUCCGUCGAAGCUUCUCAGAUGAACCCAGACGAUCUCAAACAGCUCUGGAUCCAUCUCCAAUACAAUCUGGUUAGUAUCAUCAUCUGUUCCGCGAUUCUAGUCUUCGGGUUAACGGUUUAUGUUAUGACCCGACCUAGACCCGUUUACUUGGUUGAUUUCUCCUGUUAUCUCCCACCUGAUCACCUCAAAGCUCCAUACGCUCGGUUCAUGGAACAUUCUAGACUCACCGGUGACUUCGAUGACUCUGCUCUCGAGUUUCAACGCAAGAUCCUCGAGCGUUCUGGUUUAGGGGAAGACACUUAUGUCCCUGAAGCUAUGCAUUAUGUUCCACCUAGAAUUUCAAUGGCUGCUGCUAGAGAAGAAGCUGAACAAGUCAUGUUUGGUGCUUUAGAUAACCUUUUCGCUAACACUAAUGUGAAUCCUAAGGAUAUUGGAAUCCUUGUUGUGAAUUGUAGUCUCUUUAAUCCGACACCUUCGUUAUCUGCAAUGAUUGUGAACAAGUAUAAGCUUAGAGGUAACAUUAGAAGCUACAAUCUCGGCGGUAUGGGUUGUAGCGCGGGAGUUAUCGCUGUGGAUCUUGCUAAAGACAUGUUGUUGGUUCACAGGAACACUUAUGCGGUUGUUGUUUCUACUGAGAACAUUACUCAGAACUGGUAUUUCGGUAACAAGAAAUCGAUGUUGAUACCGAACUGCUUGUUUCGAGUUGGUGGCUCUGCUGUUUUGCUAUCGAACAAGUCGAGGGACAAGAGAAGGUCUAAGUACAGGCUUGUACAUGUUGUCAGGACUCACCGUGGAGCAGAUGAUAAAGCUUUCCGUUGUGUUUAUCAAGAACAGGAUGAUACAGGGAGAACGGGGGUUUCUUUGUCGAAAGAUCUAAUGGCUAUUGCAGGGGAAACUCUCAAAACCAAUAUCACUACAUUGGGUCCUCUUGUUCUACCGAUAAGCGAGCAGAUUCUAUUCUUUAUGACUCUAGUUGUGAAGAAGCUUUUUAACGGUAAAGUUAAACCGUAUAUCCCGGAUUUCAAACUUGCUUUCGAGCAUUUCUGUAUCCAUGCUGGUGGAAGAGCUGUGAUCGAUGAGUUAGAGAAGAAUCUGCAGCUUUCACCAGUUCAUGUCGAGGCUUCGAGGAUGACUCUUCAUCGAUUUGGGAACACAUCUUCGAGCUCCAUUUGGUAUGAAUUGGCUUACAUUGAAGCCAAGGGAAGGAUGCGAAGAGGUAAUCGUGUUUGGCAAAUUGCGUUUGGGAGUGGAUUUAAAUGUAAUAGCGCGAUAUGGGAAGCAUUAAGGCAUGUGAAACCAUCGAACAACAGUCCUUGGGAAGACUGCAUUGACAAGUAUCCGGUAACUUUAAGUUAUUAGCUUCGUUUAAGGAACUGUUAUUGUGUAACUUGGAGACUAAUCCAUGGUUGUUUUUUUCUUAGAGAAGAAACCCUUAGAUUUGAUCUCUGACAAUGUCAAUGUGUUUGUUGUUUAUGUGUUUUGGAGAUUUUGUGAUAUUUGAGUUACAGUUCUUGAGCUCAUGUUUUCAGAUCUUAGAUGUGUAAUGAGAAAUCACAGAAAAAAAUGCAAAAUAAAAUUAGGGACAUUAU